UAGAGCAAAAAAAACAGCUGUUUCUUUGCCGCACAACAAAAAAAUGAGCUCCUUAAGCGGCUCUCUUAAGAAUAACAACAACAAAAAUGGACUAAUUUUUCCUUCGAGUAUUUUUAGCUAAAUAAAUAUAAACCCGCAGCCGCAACCAGGAGGGGCAAGUGCAACAACAAGGAGCUCAGCUCAGCUGCUGGCUACUGUUAAAUCAUGUGAAACUAAACCAGAGCAAAGAAUCCGAGCAACAGCAGAAACAACUGCAGUAACUAGAAGCAACAUCAAGCACAUUAAUCUAAUUCAUCAGAUGCCUCUAAUCAAGCUCGAGUGAAACCAUAAGGACAAAUAAUUAAAGCAAACAAGCAAGCAACUGUGUGUGGCAAGCAACUGUGUGGCAGGCAUCAUGGCCAAGUGCGUGAGGCUGUUGUUGCUGCUGCCACUGCUGGCAAUGCUGCCAACAAUGAUAAAUGCUACGGCCAUCAAGGAUACUUUAAUUGCAACUGCAACGGCAACUGGAACUGCUACACCAACUGAGCGACAGCCCGGGGCAACUGAACAACGCAUUAAGUCAAUAUCUGGCAGCGUCAUAGACAACGACUUGUUGCCCUCAAUUGCGGCUGUCGAUGAUGUAUAUAUCGCCUCAUUGGUCCAUGGCCACAGUCUCAACCACAAUGGCAACCACCAUCACCACUUGCACCACAACAAUGUGGCACAGUUCGACAAUGCACUGGAUGAGCACCGGCUCGAUGGCAAUGGCGAUGGCGACGACGAUGAUGGUGAUGAUCAUGUGGAUGAGACAACUUAUCCGCCGCCGGUCUUUGACUUUGGCAUGCCCCGGAAUAUAACGGCCCGGACGGGACACACGGCAGCCAUCAAUUGUCGCGUUGAGAAUUUGCGCGAUAAAUCGGUAUCCUGGAUAAGGAAACGCGAUUUGCACAUUCUGACUGCGGGCAUUCUGACCUACACAUCUGAUGAGCGCUUCAAGGUUGUACGCACCGCCGACUCCAAGGAUUGGACGUUGCAUGUGAAAUAUGCGCAGCCACGCGACAGUGGCAUCUACGAGUGCCAGGUGAAUACGGAGCCAAAGAUUUCGAUGGCAUUCCGCUUGAACGUCAUAGUAACGCCACCAGAUGCCAAAGCGAUUAUAGCCGGUCCAACGGAUUUGUAUGUCAAAGUGGGCAGCGUCAUAACGCUCACAUGCCACGUGAAGCAACCGGCAACAGCGGCUCAGGAUAUUGGACCAAUUUACUGGUACCGUGGCCCCUACAUACUGACGCCCUUUGUGGCGCAUCCGAAUGAUGCAGCCAUCGACUUGCAACGCAUCUCAAUGGAAUCAACACUGGCCGAGAAAUUGCAAAGCAGAUUGCGGAUUGCGAAUGCACAGCUGCUGGAUACCGGCAACUAUACGUGCAUGCCGACGACAGCCGAGGCUGCCAGCGUUGUGGUCAAUGUCAUUAACGACGAGAGUCCUGCGGCCAUGCAGAAGAGCGGUGCCAACGGCAGCUGCCUGAGGACAAGCCUCAACUUUAACCUCGUCCUAGCCCUGGUCGCCAGUGCUGUGGUGCGGUGGUUGCGCUGGCUUCUUGGCUCCGCCAGCUUAUCCUUAGUGCAUAUCAAUUAUGAUUUCAGCCAGUCGCAGUCGACAAACAGCUCCAGGCUCCAGCGACAGCAGCUUCACCAGCAGCAACAACAAUCGUUGGCAUCAUGAUAAUUAACUGAAACUCAAACUGAACACACAGUCACAAACAAUCCUUGUAAAUAAUUAUAUAGUUAUAUAUUGAUAGUUAAACGAUAAUUUCGGUUGCAAACAAAAUUGUCAAAUAUUCAUGAUAAUGAUAUGAAAAAAUUAGGUUUAAUUUUA